CGAGAGCCGCAGAGAGCAGCCAAUGGUCGCGUAGCGGGGAGUCCCGGCAGGCCUUGCGGCGUGAAAGCGGGCUUUCCGGUCGCGCCAUGUCGGUGGUCUUCGUCCCCGAGCGCCUGCGCGGCAAAGCCGAGGUGAACCAGGAGACGCUGCGACGGCUGCUGGAAGAAAACGAUCAGCUGAUCCGCUGCAUUGUGGAAUAUCAGAAUAAAGGAAGAGCCGCAGAAUGUCUGCAGCACCAGCACACAUUGCACAGAAAUCUUAUUUAUUUGGCUACUAUUGCUGAUGCAUCUCCUUCCCCAAAUGUAGAGAAGACGGUCAUAGAGUGAUACCAUUCCCAGCACAUCUGUAUUUACAGAGAAUGAAUCGUUUAAGGAAGAGAUGGCCAGCUGCACCUGAAGAAUCUCAGAACUGAGCUUCCUGUAAAAGAGGACAUGCCUUGGCACGAUCAGUAAAUACUGUUUGAUUUCUCUCCAUACGCCAAACGAAAAUGCUAUUGAAGUCAAUUACAGUAAUAUUUCACUACAGGAAGUCUUGGGGAUCAUAGUUUUCACAGGCAGAAGUUUUUUCAUAUUUUUUUGUUUUGUUUUAUGCUAAGAAUGCCAAGCUUUGAUUGUAAACUAUAAUUUAUUAAAAAAAAACCUUGGAAUUAUCUUAAAUCCUGAUGUAUUUGGCUAUCUAAUGUAAAUGAGCUUCCAAGUGAAACGGAUUGAUGCAAACAGGGUAAUGUGCUUUCAAAGUGGCUUUUUUGUUCUUUUUAGAUCCAUUAGCAGUCUUGAAAUGUUCCCUGCUAAUAAAACUAAGUAAUUUUUCAUUA